AUGGACGACAAAACCAGCGCCUCCCGGGACCCAGUCACUACUCCACCGUCGUCGGUGCGUGCUAUAGUGAGUUGGCUAGAGACAUCAGCAUCGGGCACGGUUGCCAAGGCUGGAAGUACCGGUAGCACGGCCAGUGUUGGUCGCAGAGGCAAGAUUGCAACUUCAGCAGUCGUUACCUCUCCGACAAUUCCUCCACAGCCGUCGACAGUCCCCCAGAACAUGCGUUGCCUUACAAGACAGCAACAGCAGCAGCAGCAGAACUGCGACGCUGAAACAGACCCCUUCAUCUCCACGAGGCCAGUACAUCGCCAGCUCUCAUCGGCAUCUACUGCCACAAGCUCCACCGCCACCACUGCCUCCUCUACCUCCACUGCCCCGACCACGUUGACCUCUUCCUCUGCGCCCUUCAGCAACACCCCGGAAGGACCUACCCGGCCCGUUCUAGAGCAGAAGACGUACCUGCUGCCAAAGCCACCGCCAGUACGCGGCCUUGAUGGCGCCGUUGGUGGACACAGCAAGAUAGGCACUGAUGCUUUGUGCGCAGGCUGGCUCUGUGACGACAAUCUCCACAAUCACCACCAUAAGACCAGCUCGCUGCAGCGGCUGGAUGAGGUGAUGCGAGAGCUGGCAUGGUUCGCCGAGACAGACGGCCACUUGGACGACGACAGCUUUGAGAAGCAGGAAAAGGAGCUAAAAUAUUCAGGGCGUGUGUCGCAUAGACGGCCUCCACAGGAGGUAGAUGCCUAUUGGCACUCUGUUCGACAAUACUUGCACGUAACUGAUGAAGAGCUGUACGGGUGA